AUGCCUCAAAUUCCUCACGGCGCUCAACCUAGGUACGCUGGAAUGAAGAAGCGGCGGACAAUACUACCAUGGUUAUCAAGGGUUGCUGAGGAUCAGACAACGCUCCCUGAUACUAACAAAGGUGCUGAAACUGUCCAAGACGUUGCACUGGCCCGAAUAGCCUGCAUGCCACCCAAAGCUACCCAAUCAGGCAAGCCUAUAUACAACUCGGACAUUCCAUAUAAAUACCCAGCAUGUGUUAGACUUGAAUCAUUAGGAGCUUCGUCUGACACCCUUAUUGGGCUCCGCCAGUGGGAUGCGCCUGAAGUAAUUUCGGAACAGGAAAUAUUAUUUGGUGAAGAUAGAUCCGCAGCACUGGGUAUUAUUUCAGCAUGGAGAGCAAAAGCUUGUACCGCUGCACAUGUGGCAUUUGAUGUGAUCAAGAAGACAGAGCAAGGAAUUUUUCUGUCGAAAUUAUAUUGGAAUAAACAAGCUGCUGAUUAUCCAUUUGACUGA